CUCAACAAGCAAUAGCCAAGCAUUGGAAGCCCAACAAUUCAUCUAGUUUCGAUCCAAUUUCUUUAGAGUUAUAUAGUGAUGAUAACAAUCCAGAAGAUAAUAUUGGUUGGAUUAAUAAUUUUCUUGAACAGAAUGCUGAAGUUAAUUUAUUCAAGUUGCUCCAAAUGAAUACUCAGAACUUAGAAGCAAAUACCUCUAAUCAUCCAUAA